AAUCAUAUAACCUUAAAUAUAGUUUGAAAGAUAAGAGUCAAGUAUGUUUUCGGUAAAGCAUAAUGUGAAAUCGACGUUACUUUGUGGGCCUUCAGAAUUGAGUAAAUCUUUCAUGUUUGAGGCAGCUAUUUACUGGGCUGAAGAAGGACGCCGUGUCGUUUACAUUACACCAGCUCCGUUGGAGAGGCUGCCAGCGGCCUGUCACGACAGAAGUAAUCCAGCACCCGCGGCUUUCAAGCUGAUGAGAUUUAUGUACUUGGAGAACUACAAGGCUCUCGCAGAGCGGCUCGUCGAGCUGCACACCUUCGCCACUUUGCCCUCCGUGAUCUUGAUCGACGACUUCGACGCCUAUACCAGCGAUUACAAAAAAAGCGAAGUGACGCAAGACGUGCACAUCGCCAGAACGUGUUCGGCGAUUCUCGACACGAUGAAUUCUUGCGCGCGAAUUCUGAAGACCAACGUGUACAUGUGCGCCUGGUCCGUCUCCGGAAUGAAGGAUAUCAGCACAUACACGAUAUUCUUCGUGAACAUCUGGGACGUGACCGACGAGAAGAAGAGUAACUCGAUAUUGUUGAAGAAAUACUCUCAUAAAGCUCCCACCGAAAAGUGUCCGUCUUAUCGAUACUGUAAAUUCGAAGACGGAACGAGAGUUCUGAAGCAAAUUUUAUACCAACCCGAAGAAGACUGAUGGCAGAAUGAAUUUUUAUGAUCAAAGAGAUUGGAGUCAGGAAGUACAAUAGUUUUACGGAAUAGAUCUCUUUUAGAACGUAUUCUUUUUUUAGCGCCGUUUACUUUAAAUGUGUGUACAAGUACAA